AUGGUGGCCCUCUUAAGAGACAGAUCCGUGCAGCAGGAUAGCACCUCUGUUGUCCUCCCAGACCAGCAGUGGGUGCACGCAGGCCUUGCAGGCCGUUUCCUGCCCUGGAAUGCUGCUGUCAUUCGGACCCAGCACACCUCAGUGUCAGAGAGGGCUGGUUUGUUUGAAACGGACUGUUAUUUCAAAGGAUGGUGUCCCCUCCCCAACCACAGGAAUGAUCCAAACCUGUUUUCUGGGGCCCAGAAUUUGCUGGAGCCUGGGGCCCUGCAGGGCCACAGGAAGAGCAUCAGCAGCAUGGACAGCAGCAUGGACGGGGAGAGAGGGGCUCAGAGCCUGGAGAGCUCCUUGGGGGCUGGGACAGGAAGUCACCAAAUCCUGUGCGCAGGUGACUCCACUGUUACAGGGGCUUCAGAUUCUGACACAGAGAAAAGUGACAGAGCUCAGAGCACCAGUGAAGAAGCAACUCCCAGUCGGGCUGGCUCUGUAGCCAACGAUAGUUUGAAAACAUCUGGACAAGAAUCUAGUGGGACUGCUGGAGCAACUCAAAAAACUUCCAGUAGCCCUGGGCCCAGUCUUGUGUUUGACAGUAAAGCUGUUUUCAUCAGUCCAACCAAUGUGAUCUUAACCUGGAAUAGUAGCAACCCAGCUCCUUCCGAGUACAAGUGUGCAGUGAAGAAUGAGAUGGAAAAUGAGACAACAAUUUCUGUUGCACAUCACAAGUGGUGUAACGUCACAGACUUACAUCCAGCGACUUCAUAUGUGUUCACCAUUACUCCAGAAAUAGGCAAUAAGACCUGGGGAGAUCCCACAGUCAUAAAUGUCACCACAGAGCCGAUUCCAGUGUCUGACCUCAGUGUUGACACAGAUUUGAGGAACGUUACUGUCACCUGGAGCAAUGGUAACGACACUGCCUCCUGCCGGAUGCUUCUUGAAAGCCUUGGAAGCCACGAGACGUCGACCCAAGACUUCGCGGUCAAUAUCUCGGACCUGAAGCCAGGGUUUAAAUACAACAUCAACCCAUAUCAUCUAAAAUCAAACGAGACAAAGGGAGCCUUCCCAGGCACAGAAGGUCGCAUGGAUGCCAACAACACAGAGGAAAGCCAGGCAGGGAGCCCCACUGCCCCUGUGCGCCAAGAGUUCCCAUCCUCCGGCCAGCAGUCCCGAGUCACGGAAGUCCUGCUUGUUGGGUUAAAGCCUGGCACCCGGUACAAUGCCAUCGUUUAUUCCCAAGCAGCGAAUGGCAUGGAAGGACAGCCCCGGACCAAAGAGUUCAGGACAUAUGCUCCUCAGGUUUUUGACGUCACUGUUGUGAACAUCAGUGCCACAACCCUGACCCUGACCUGGAAAAUCAAUGAUAGCGACCCGUCCUCUGUCUAUACCUACAAGAUAGACGUGGUGGGGGAGAUGCAUUCCUUCAAUGUCACCGUCAGCGAGCCUCACGCCACCAUCUCAGGCCUCUGCUCCAGCACCUUCUACAACAUCACAGUGUGUCCUUUCCUGGGUGGCACCCAGGGCACACCGGGCUUCCUCCAAGUGUACACCCCCCCUGCUCCAGUUUCCGACUUCCGAGUGACAAUGGUCAGCACGAGGGAGAUCAGCUUAGCAUGGAGCGGCAGUGACGCAGAAUCCUUUAAGAUGUGUAUCACUCUGGAGGGAGCUGGCAAGUCUUGGGUAAAAACAACCACCAACCAAAGUAUUACCAUUGGUGGCUUGCUCCCCGGAACCAAGUAUUGCUUUGAAAUAUUUCCACAAGGACCAAAUGGGACCAAAGGGGCAUCUCAGACCGUUUGCAGUAGAACUGCUCCCAGCGCAGUGUCUGACAUCCGCGUGGUCGACGUCACCACCACGGAGAUGGAGCUGGAGUGGCAGAACCCAGACAAUGCUUCUGAGUAUGUCUACCAUUUAGUCAUAGAGCCCCAGCAUGGCUCUAACCCCACAAACACGUCUGACAAAACGGUCACUCUCCAGGGCCUGAUCCCGGGCACCUUAUAUAACAUCACCAUCUUUCCAGAAGUGGAGCACGUCCGGGGACACUCCACCUCCAUUGCACGGUACACACGGCCCAGCAAUGUGUCCAACAUUGACGUAAGCACCAACACCACAGCAGCGACUUUACGUUGGCAGAACCUUGAUGGCGCCUCUCCCACAUACUCCUACCGCCUUCUUAUUGUGAAGUUUGGAGAUGCCAGCAACGAAACACUAGUCACGGACGUUGGAAUGACUGAAGCCACAGUCACUGAAUUAACGCCUGGUUCAUCAUACACAGUGGAGAUCUUUGCUCGAGUAGGGGGCGUGAUGGAGUCACUGGAACCUGGCAGGAAGUCAUUCUGUACAGAUCCGGCAUCUGUGGCCUCCUUCGACUGCGAAGUGGUCCCCAAAGAGCCAGCCCUGGUUCUCAGAUGGACUUGCCCUCCUGGUGCCAAUGCAGGCUUUGAGCUGGAAGUCAGCAGUGGAGCCUGGGACAAUGCGACCCAGCUGGAGAGCUGCUCCUCUGACAAUGACACUGAGUACAGGACGGAAGUCAUGUAUUUGAAUUUCUCUACCUCCUAUAACAUCAGCAUUACCACCGUGUCCUGUGGAAAGAUGGCAGCCCCCACCCAGAACACCUGCACCACUGGCAUCACAGAUCCCCCUCCUCCAGAUGAAUCCCCUAAUAUUACAUCUGUCAGUCACAAUUCAGUAAAGGUCAAGUUUAGUGGGUUUGAAGCCAGCCACGGACCCAUCAAAGCCUAUGCUGUCAUUCUUACCACCGGGGAAGCUGGUCACCCUUCUGCCGAUGUCCUGAAAUACACAUAUGAGGAUUUCAAAAAGGGAGCCUCAGAUACUUACGUGACAUACCUCAUAAGGACAGAAGAAAAGGGACGUUCCCAGAGUUUGUCUGAAGUUUUGAAAUAUGAAAUCGAUGUUGGCAAUGAAUCAACCACGUUUGGCUAUUACAAUGGGAAGCUGGAACCUCUGGGCUCCUACCGGGCUUGUGUGGCUGGCUUCACCAACAUUACCUUUCACCCUCAAAACAACGGGCUCAUCGACGGGGCCGAGAGCUAUGUGUCCUUUAGUCGCUAUUCAGAGGCCGUUUCCUUGCCCCAGGAUCCAGGUGUCAUCUGUGGAGCGGUUUUUGGCUGUAUCUUUGGUGCCCUGGUUAUUGUGACUGUGGGAGGCUUCAUCUUCUGGAGGAAGAAGAGGAAAGAUGCAAAGAAUAAUGAAGUGUCCUUUUCUCAAAUUAAACCUAAAAAAUCUAAGUUAAUCAGAGUGGAGAAUUUUGAGGCCUACUUCAAGAAGCAGCAAGCUGACUCCAACUGUGGGUUUGCGGAAGAAUAUGAAGAUCUGAAACUUGUUGGAAUUAGUCAACCUAAGUAUGCAGCGGAAUUGGCUGAGAAUAGAGGAAAGAAUCGCUAUAAUAAUGUUCUGCCCUAUGAUAUUUCCCGAGUUAAACUUUCGGUCCAGACCCAUUCAACGGAUGACUAUAUCAAUGCCAACUACAUGCCUGGUUACCACUCCAAGAAAGAGUUUAUUGCCACACAAGGACCUUUACCAAACACUUUGAAAGAUUUUUGGCGUAUGGUUUGGGAGAAAAAUGUAUAUGCCAUUAUUAUGUUGACCAAAUGUGUUGAACAGGGAAGAACCAAAUGUGAGGAGUAUUGGCCCUCCAAGCAGGCUCACGACUAUGGGGACAUAACUGUGGCGAUGACAUCAGAAAUUGUUCUUCCGGAAUGGACCAUCAGAGAUUUCACAGUGAAAAAUAUCCAGACAAGUGAGAGCCACCCUCUGAGACAGUUCCAUUUCACCUCCUGGCCAGACCACGGUGUUCCUGACACUACUGACCUGCUCAUCAACUUCCGGUACCUUGUUCGUGACUACAUGAAGCAGAGUCCUCCUGAAUCGCCGAUUCUGGUGCAUUGCAGUGCUGGGGUUGGAAGGACGGGCACUUUCAUUGCCAUUGAUCGUCUCAUCUACCAGAUAGAGAAUGAGAACACCGUGGAUGUGUACGGGAUUGUGUAUGACCUUCGAAUGCACAGGCCUUUAAUGGUGCAGACAGAGGACCAGUAUGUUUUCCUCAAUCAGUGUGUUUUGGAUAUUGUCAGAUCCCAGAAAGAUUCAAAAGUAGAUCUCAUCUACCAGAACACGACCGCAAUGACAAUCUACGAAAACCUUGCGCCCGUGACCACGUUUGGAAAGACAAAUGGUUACAUCGCCUGAUUCCAAAGGAAAAACCCUUCUGGAGUGAAGCAGAUGGUUGCGCCCACAGCAAAGGCCCACGCCCCGGUGUCGACAUGUUUUUAUAUGUCUAAUAUCCUAAUUCUUUGUUCUGUUUUGUGAGAACUAAUUUUGAGGGCAUGAAGCUGCACAUGACAGAUGACAGACUGGGGCUGUGGGGGACUGUGGGCGGGUGGGGGGCCAAUCACCUGCAUUCCUGAUGACCAGUGGGAUGAGGUCACUUUUUUUUUUCCCCUUGAGGAUUGUGGAAAAACCAGGAAAAGUGAGCUAUGAUUUUUUUUUUUUUUUCCAAAACAGUUUCUUUUUUAAAAAAAGACUAUUUUAUAUGAUUCACAUGCUAAGCCAGGAUUGCAUUGGGUUGAAUAUAUUUUAAGUAUCAGAGGUCUAUUUUUACCUACUGUAUCUUGGAAUCUAGCUGAUGGAAAAUACCUAAUUGUGGAUGAUGAUUGCGCACGGAGGGGUCUGUGGCGCCUCUUCGGAUGGGUUUUCUAUUUGAACAUGUGCCUUUUCUGAAUUAUGCUUCCACAGGCAAAACUCAGUAGAGAUCUAUAUUUUUGUACGGAAUCUCAUAAUUGGAAUAUACGGAAUAUUUAAACAGUAGUUUAGCAUCAGAGGUUGGCCUCCUCAGUAACAUUCUUGUUCUCAUUUGAUCAGGGGAGGCCCCUUUGCCCCGACCCCACUUCCCCAGCCCCCUGUACAUUUGUGCUCCAUUUUUUUCUUCCUUUUUCCUUCCCACUUUUUCCAAAGACUCUUCUGUUGUCAACAUUUCAGCCCAUUGGUUGGGUGAGAAUGGAGACUUGAAUAUCACCUUGAGAAUUUCUGUGGGUGGGAGUGGGAGAAGCAGAGGAAUCCUACAGUGACAAAAAUCUUUCUUGUCCCUGUAUUAUCCUUUUUCUCAUGUCUGUAUUUGGUAUGAAGGAUUAUUUAAAGGUGCAAUAUGUGACUUAGUGAUUCAUGAUGUUCUAGGUUUUUAGUAACGUUUUACUCAGGUUGGUAUUUUAUGCGUCUGUGUCCGUGUGUGUGUGUGUAUGUGUGUGUGUGUGUGUUCAGAAGCGUGGCAAUCUGUGAACACUUCGGUGUGAAUUCGGUGUCAGAUUAACCCUUCCUUCCCCAAAGUCCACUGGCUUUAGUCUCUCUCUGCCAUGACGCAUAUCGGAAUCUACUGUGUGUAUAUAUAUAUAUAUAUAUAUAUAUAUAUAUAUAUAUAUAUACACUAAGCUCUCAAAAACAGUCAUUCCUAUGAAUUGAGGUGUACAAAGUUUGAAUUUGUAUCAAAGAUGUAAUUAUUAUUUUUAAAACCUCUUUUCACUAUACUGCUGCUGUAAUUACUUUGAUUUUUAAAAUGUAGAUUAAUUUGUUGUUGUUGUUGUUGUUGUUGUUUUUGCUUCAAGUGUGUAUCCACCAAGAAUUUCAGAAUUUAUGUGGAUUUAUUUUAUUGGUACAUAAUCUGUAAACUUCUCAAGGCAUUAACAUGAAAAGAAUUUCUUCUUCUUUUUAUUUUAUAUUGUGGCUCAGGUUAUAUUUUGAAGUUUUGAGUUUAUCCUCCAAUAGGCAAUGAAGUAGACGAGGUUUUAUGAAGGAAGAACCAAGUCCCCGGAGUCCGGUGGCUGCUUCAACAGUAACGCAUCCUGCUGUAGACAGGACAGGUAUGUCCUGUUGAGAAUGGGAGCCGGCUGGUCCAGCGUCCUGGUCCCUCCUGCCUCUGCCACGCCCCUCACCUCACUGGCACUUUGAUAACUGACCGGAUGCGUUAAUGGGUCUUUUAGUUCUAAAGGGUGAACCACACUUUGAAAGCCCCUGAUGUGGUUUGGAGGGUGAGUGCUGGAGGCCCUUUUUCCUCCUUUCCCUUUGAGGUACUGAAAGGAUGAAAAGGUUGUAUCAUGUUUUGGGGAGAAUCUUACUUCUCAAGUGGAAAUUGCACUUUUUGCUGAAUCCUUUGCAUUUUUUUUUGGUAGUGAGCAGUUCAUUGAGUGUCAAGUCCUCAAAGGAAUGAGUUGGCCAGGCUAGGUCGGGUCCUCUUGACUUAACUUCAGAGGGGGCCUUUGCUCAGUAGGUGUGAAUCAGGGAAUCUCUGCUGUCCUUGGGGUGUUGCAUGAAGCUGAGUGUGGGUGGAUUCCUCCCAUGCCUUCACACUGCCUCCAACUCAUACAGAUCCUGGAGCGGUCUGUACUUCAUUCAUAGGUCCCUGUUCAGGUGGCAGUUCGGUGGGCUGUGACCCUCUCCCCUCCAAUUUGUCCAAAAUGACUGUGAUGGGUGGCAAAUCCCAGGUAGCUCCUAAGCCCUGCUCUGCCCGCGUCACUGCCACAGAGAAGUCAGAGGAAGGGACUUCUUGUGAAAAAAAAAAAAAAAAAAAAAAAAAUCCUUUAAAAGAUUAGAAUCCUUUAAAAGAUUAAAGCAAUGUAAUUGUAAACAUAUUGUAUAAAAAUGCAAAACACAGUAACCCUCUUCCCUUCCGCCUGGUGUGGGCUUGGGAAAUGGGCAAGCCGCCCCAGCAAUCUCGGGAGGAAGUCUUGGGGUGGAGCGGGCCGGGAUUCCAAAGGGGCAGGUCACACGGAGGUCAGGAUGCUUCUCUGCAUCCUGAAGAGGGCUGGGGACAGGGCCAGUGGGGGUGGUAAGGGUAUUUAUAGCACAGAGCUUGAAAAGGGAAGAUGAAUGUGUAAAUAUAAAGGACACCCAGGCUGGGGGUUGGUCAGAGGCAAGAGGAGGGUGCCUCUGAGCUUCUUCGAUCCCUCCCAGAAACAAUGAGUUAAAAUUGGAAGGGUCCAAUGGAAUUGUGGGGAUGGCGUGAGUGCCCGUGCUCAGUCUUUGACAAAUGCAUACAGAGAAGCAGCUGGCAUGGGUCUCACUGUCAAUGGAAGGGCCAAAGAUGGGUGGCCAGCUGGUUUGGGGGAUUUGGGCCAUUGAUACCAUCUCCCAAGAACAAGGACUUUUUGCUUCCAAAGUCGAAUCUCGUGACGAUCAGCACCAGCAGGAAAUGACAUUUGGUGUCUGCCCACUGUGGCCACACUGUGACCUCCAGCCAGGCUUCGGCCUAAUUGACUCCACUGGAUUUGUGCUUUGUUGAGUCGGAGCCUCCUGGGGGUUGGGGAUAGAGGGUCGGAGGUCAACUAUGCAGCCAAUCGCGUUUGUUUUUCAUCUGUGAUGAAAAAGCCUGGUUCCCUUUUGAAAUCCUUGAUUGUACUUAUUAAGCUAAACUAGUCUUGGUGACUGAUGCUGAUUUGCCUCAAAAGUCUUAAGUUCUGGGUUUUCAGACUACUGUGUAGCAGUUGUGUGUUUAACAUACCGUAGAUUUUUCUCCCUUGGGGGCACAUAUGACUAGGAUGUGUUGAUGUGGACUCUAAACUGUAAUUUUCUUGUAACUAUUUUGGAAUGAUGCAUAUUUCUAAUGUUUGUUAUACUUGUACAGAGUAUUGCUGUUGGUUGCUUUUUUUUUUUUUAAGGAAAAAAUGGCCUGAAAAAAAAUUUUUUUAAAGACUUACAAAUACCAAAUAUAAAAAAAAUGUCAGUG